AUGGCAGACUCGAAAGUGAGCUUGAAGCUUCUUAUAGACACAAAAACCAACAAGGUUCUCUUUGCAGAAGCUGGCAAAGACUUCGUUGAUUUCCUCUUCAACCUUCUCUCUUUGCCUGUUGGAGCAGUCGUUAGGCUUCUCACAAAGCAAUCCAUGGUGGGUUCGCUGGGUAACCUUUACGAGAGCUUCGAAAACCUGAGCGAAACCUACUUUCAACCCGACCAGAACAAGGACUCUCUCUUGAAACCCAAAAUCUGUGCUUCUCAAGUUCCUCUGUUGCUGCCUGAUGUAUCAUUUGUUACGAACAAGAAGUUCUACACGUGCUCCAACUAUCAGCCGGGUCAAGAGCAUUCAAGGUCAUCACGGUCCGACGACUCGUCCCGACCGUGUUCCUACCUUUCGGUCGCCGAUGACCCGAGUGCGGUCUGUCCUAAGUGCAAUGCUUAUAUGACCAAGGAGGUAAGCUACGUUGCACGGGCCGAGGCCGAAGAGGUGUCAGCUGGUGAGGCAGCAGGAGGGUAUGUUAGAGGUGUGGUGACUUAUAUGGUGAUGGAUGACUUGGCGGUGAAGCCUAUGUCUACUAUCUCUAGCAUUACAAUGCUUAACAAGUUCAAUGUUAAGGAUGUUGGUGCCCUUGAGGAGAGGGUCGUUGAUUUUGGAAUGAAUGAGGGUGUGCAGCUGUUGAAGACAUCUUUGCAGUCUGAAACAGUCCUGACCACCAUCUUCCUUGGGAAUAUGGUGGAGUUGUCCAUACAAUGACGGUACUAGUAUUGGAUUUGUUUAACCUAUAUAUAUGUGGAGGUGGUUAUUGGGCUGAAAGAUUGAAUACAAUGUUUUA